CUGGAGCGCGGCCGCGAGACCAGGCGCGGGUCCGGCCGUAAAUUCGUCCGAGACGUUCACUUACCACUGUCUUAAAAGGAUUUUCGACUGCACUUUUGACGUUCAUGGGUUCCAGCUUUUAGGAGUUAACCUUCAUGACAUCCCCAGUUUUCUGUCAAGACUACAGAGGCAACAGAGCUGCUCUGCCUGCUGUACUGCUCAGUGCUCACUGCUGUACUGCUCACUAGCGGCUCCUCAUGUCAUUGCCAAGUGAUAUAUUUUAGGUAACGUACGUUGGUACGGUUGGUAGACUGGCUGGUAGGAGUGCGAGUAGGGUAAUGGCUGAUCAACAAUUGGUAUCUGGUGCUAUCUCCACAGCUGCUUCAAACCUCAGAGAUACCCUUGCUGCUGCUGAAAAUUUGUUUAAAGAUAAUCCAGCUGGCUUUCUGGAUCACAUCGGAGUCUUGCUGGGCGGCAUCGACGCGUAUACGGCGCUCUUCAAGAGCACCGGUUUUAAGAGCAAACAAGAGCUCGAGGAUGGCGUGAGGAAGCUUGACAACGAUGUGAGGAAAGCGGCCGAAGACUUGCUGGAUGCCGAGCAAGAAUGGGAGUCGUUCCUUAGCCGAGUGGAGAACGCUUCCGUGGUUCAGUCAGGAACCUUGCCUACGACGAGCCUCCUGGAGGUGGGCGACUUCCUGCCUCUGGAUCUGCUGCUCUUCCAAGUUGGUGAAGAUUCGCCGACUUCUUUGAAGUCAGUAUUGAGCAGCGGAACUGAGCCGUACACUCACUUAGUGCUCAACCGCUUCUUCGGGUGACUGCCGUGACGUCAGCACUGCGCCCGGCUGGCGGAUGCUCAGGAAACUCUGACCAAGUCCGGGGUGCGGAUGGUGGUGUUGACGUUUGGUGAACACGAGGGGGCGCUGGUGUGGCGACGACAAGAACACUGCAAGUUUGAGUUCUACCGCAACCCGGACUUGUCUGUCUACAGGGCGCUGGGGCUA